GUUAUAGAAUUUGAAAUGUGUAACAGAGAAGUAUCAUUUCCCGCACAAUGCUGAUUUGGCCUCCGUCCCCAACUCUUCUGUAAACCAAACGCGCUAAAAUGGAGCCUCCUAAGAACAACGCCGCCCAAAGCGAAGACGAAACCACCGUCGCGCUGAAGAAGAAGAGGUUGCGGCGCGUGAGCUUCGCCGACAACGAAAUCACUUCCGUCCACGUAUUCCGCCGUGACGACGAUUCCUCAUCUCCCUCCGAAGCCCCUUCCGAUCCCUCCAUCGUAGGGUUUUUCCGCGACCUCGCCUCCGACAGCGACGACGACGACAAAGAACAGCCGCAACUUCAUGAGGAAGCGGAAGACGGAAACUCCUUCCUCCGUCCAAUUGGCUCUCCUUAUCCCGGCGACAGCAGCACCGCAGACGAAGGCGACGACGACGAUGACGACUUUCGUGGUCCAGUGUCAGCGCAUUUCAUCAGGCCGGAGCGGUUGUCGGACUCUGGCGUUUCGGACGACGUGACGAUGGACUCGACGGCGUUCUCGAUGCAUUACAGGAGUCUCGCUCGGUCGGACUCCGGCGACAUCAAGACGCGCCAGUUCGACGUCACAACGCCGAACUCUCACUCUCGAGGAAGUUACAUGGAGCUCACGGAGCCGAAGUGGUGUGGAGUGGCGCUCGACGCACAUAGCGCAGGCAAAGACUCCAAUGACAUGAGCAUCGAGGGAGAGCAGCAGAGGGGCUCUGAAUACGACAUUCUACCCUCUCCUGCGUUUGAUGCUGCAAUAUUGGUUCAGGGAGCACCUAAUGACUCACCGCAACCCAGCUUGGAAGGUUCGGUUGCCUCUCCUCCAUUUAUUCAAUCCCACCAGAUACAACCUUCUGAUUCUGCAAUCGAGGAACUUAAGGAGUCUACUAAAGAUGCAACUGAGGUUUUGUCAGUUUGUAGACAACUGGACUUUGAGAAUGCUAAUAGAGAAACAUCACUGAGGGUGGGUGAACACAAAGGAAUGGUGUUGGAUUCAGAUUGUAAGUCUGAUGAAGUAGACCGAAAUCCAAUAUAUGAGUCUACGCCGUUGUUGUUGUCUGGAAGAAAACAAUCAUUUACGAGGUCUCCUGUUUCAUCCGAACAUGCUGGAAACAUAACUCCACGUUUAGAGCAAUCUGCUUUACAUGGUCCAGAGGUAAGUGUCGCACAUCGUGCAACUUCUUCUGCACGUAGCAGCAUUUCAAAGAUGGUUGUUACUAUUGAACCUCCUGCCAUGUCGAGUCUCAAGAAAGGAAUGGACGUAUUGAAAGCUAGAUUAUCAAAAUAUACUCCUGGAAUUUCUUUGUCAAAUGAAAAAAAUCAAGAAUACAAGCAAGAUGAAAGUCGCCAAAUUCCUUUAGGGGAAAAACUGUUUAGUUUAACUCCAAGUAGUAACACGUAUAAAGGUUUGGGUUAUAGCAAUGAUCGCAGAAUUCAGUCUUUAAAAAGUAUUUCCAAGUUAAGUCAAAAUGAAGAGACUGUAGACACCAAAAUGAGUGAGGGAGACUUAAAUUCAAUUUCAGCUUCUCCCUCACAGUUGACCCAUUUAAUGAAGGUGGGAGAUGUGGACCUGGCAGAUAACUCAGGGAAAGAUGAAAUUCUAGUCCCAAGUUUUCCUAUCCAACAAGUAACACCUCAGUUGUGCUCACCACAAGACGUGUCUCCCAAGGGUACUGUUGAUGGUCAUGGUCCUGAUAACAACCACCAUUCAGUACUCAAUGUAGCUCAGAGCCCUCUUACCAAAUCUGGUAUUGGGAUUUCUUCUGGGAAGAAAAGGAAAGGUGUCCAAAUGCUCAGAAAUGGAGACAAAAUAGAUAAAAUAGGGAGGAUUGACAGAACACCAGAGGCUCAUUCAAAUGGGAGUGGUGAUCUACAGUUAGUUUUGGAGCAAACAGGAUCUAUGAGAAGGGAAAGAGGGAUGCUUGGAAAUCAGACUUCGAAUGAUGGGGAUCUAUUUCUUAAAAGUUUCUUAGACAGAACAACUCACCUUCUACCUCCUUCAGUUGAUAGGCUAAAUUUGAGACUGAUUGGCAGGUUGGAAGAUAUUUUGGUUCAUCUGCAGAAAGUUAAGAAGACAGAGAUUGUUUGUUCUGAAAUUCAAUCUCAGCAUAAAAUAACCGAUCCUUUAAACAUUCAUAGAGACAAGAGAGUUGCUGAAACAAGAAUAUUGCUGCAUAGUAUAGCAUACGAGAAGGCAAAAUUACAAUUAUUGCUUAUUAAGCAUGACAAAUUACUGGAAAAGGGACAACAGGUUAGUACUGGGCUUCAAGAGUGUGAGAUGAUAAAAUUAAAUUUCAUCCCAUCAUUUAAACGUGGGGCAGUUGACACUCAAGCGAAUUAUAGUUUUUCCAAGGGAAAAUCUCAGGUUUCUUGCAAAAAGGUAUUGGAAAAGAAGCAGGAACUUGAAUCUUUGGAAUCAAAAGCAAAAUCCUUAAGUGAAUUCUUACAGAGUCACUGCAAGAUGGAAGGAGACCAAAGCUUUACUGACACUGUGAAAGCUGUUUCUGGUUAUUUGAGGAAGAGAAUGCCUUGCAAGUCUAUACGCCAGAAUUUGAAGUUGUGGGAAAUUGAAGAUUUUGAGCGCAAGGAUGACUGUCACAAUGUUUGUCUCAACUAUUGUGGUUAUGUAACCCAAAGGGUCACUGUAAAUACUGGUCAAUCUAGCAUAAUAACAUCAACUAGUUUGAAUGAUGUGAAUAUUGGGAAGACCUUCCCAAACUUGGAAUCUUUUACUGCAUUUGUGUUUGUCUUAAAUCCACAUACCACUAAGAAGUCCACUCACUCAAGCAGUAUGGCACGAGAAAUACAGAUAACAAGCUCACUGCUAAGUAAUUUGCUAGAUGUGGUUGAAGAGGUUCAAUCAGCUCGGAUAGAGAUUAGAAAUUUGGUCGACGCAAAGUUCUAUUCUCAUUCAGUUCAGAGGCUUGAUUUGCAACUGUCUUUCAUUGAUUUCCAUAGUGGGAGGAAGGUGAAAGCCAUAUUUGAUAUAACGUGCUUAAAAUGUGGGGUCUAUCCUUCUGGGGUUGUUCCCUCUCAAAUAUUUGAACCUUCUGGUGCGGAACAGAAGUCUCUGCCUUCAUCACUUGCACAUGAAAUCAGAACUGCAACAGAGCGUGUGAGAGUUGGAUAUUCAAGAAUUAUUAAGCUCUGUAGAUGUAUUUCCUAUGCAGUUCAUUCAGGCUUCCUCCAAUACCAGAUGAUUGGAAAUUAGGGUUUACACUUGCAUUCAGCACACGGAAAAUUCGUUGUAUCACCCACUGGAUAGUGGUGCAAUAGGUUAAUGCUUUGCUUUAAGUUGGUUUAGGGUCCGAAAUUUGGACUUCAUCACAAGUGAUGAAAACGGACAUUAAAAACAAUGUUUUCAUUUUAUGAUUAAGAAUGUUUAAUCAAGUCUCCUUAAAAUAAAUCUAUAAUUCCGUCUUUGAUUUAGUAACCUUUUUAAUUGAGUAA